ACUAGCUAGCAGCCAGAGCGGUACCCGUAGGAAGUUAGCUAACGUUCGCACAUAUUUGCUAGCUGGCUAUAUUUACAAGUGUUGGUACGUAGGUAGCCGUCUGAUCACCACCCCUUGCGUGCUGGCAUACUUCUGUUCUGCAACUUAAGUUACAAGCGCAUAAGCAAACUAUAAAUAGCUGUGUUUAACUCGACUACCGAACAUUCUUUGUCCGUUGUACAAGAAAAAUACUAACUAGCCAGCUAACAUAAUGGUAACGUUAUAGCUACCGCCGACUACGGAACAUUAGUCAAAUGGCAGCGCUAGUGAACUAUAGAAUAUGUCCGUCAUUCUAGCCAUCUAGUUUUGCUCAAGUUACAGCGAAACGUCAGCUAAAAAAGUCGAAGUAGUAGAACCUUAUGCUAGCUAGUGACGCUAGCUGCGUGCAAUUCGCAGCUUGUGUUGCUAACUCUUGCCUGUAGAUUGCAAGCCAGGUAUACUUAGUUUAUUAACGUUAGCUAGUCAUUUAUGACGAUGGCUAGCUAGUUGUGGAUUUAUUACUUAAAUCUAAUUUUAGCACAACUAUAUGGACUAGUUGGCUAGCUUUUCACGCUAAACGAAACGAACUUUAUGCGAAAGGUAUGUGUUAACUGGUCACAGAUAAAUUAUUAAGACCAGUUAUGAUUCCUUUGAGGAUUAUGCUUAUACAAACUCGCAAGAUUACGGUAAAAUUAGCUCGGCAGAACCUUCCAAGAGUCUUUCACACGUUACCUGGAGGACAGGUAAAUCUGACAGAAAAGGUCGUUUGUCAAUCCUACGGAUUAUCUAAAAUACCUCACGGACAGGUACAUUUCACAGGCAUGCAAACUGUUGACUGCUCUGAGACGGAUAUCCACGCUGUUGAACUCAAGGCCAGCAUGGAGCAUGACAGUGACCUCUUGCCUACACCUACACAUGCACCCAAUGCACUGGUGGAUAUAACCACUGAAGAGGGCUGUUUGCAAUCUAGCCCAUGUGCCAAAGCACGCGUCGAUCCUGAUCCUUCAGAUUCAAAGAAAAGGGAGAGGAGGAAACCCAAGAAGGCCAGAGUCAGAGGCCGGAAGCAGAAACUGCAGGCGUCGGAAUGUGCCGAUAGCCUUUUGCAAGAGCUUCCGUUCGCUAACGCCGAAACAUGGAAGGACCUAGGCUUCACGACCUCGGAGAAGACCGUGAAGAAGAAGCGCAAAAGAGGAGACAGCGGACGAGGAGAGAGCGAAGAGGACGGCGAUAAAAAGAAGAAGAAAAAGCAGCCGCGCCCAAACUACUUUGUUUCCAUCCCCAUCACGAACCCAAAGAUCAGAGGUGGCGUCCAGGCAGUCCAGGACCUGGUGGUACAGAAGGACAAGAGAUACUCCCGGGCCCUGAUCCCCGUGGGCAGCCUCCACAUCACCCUGCUGGUGACCUACUUGGGCAACGAAGAGGAAGUCGACGCGGCGAGGCGAGCGGUGGCCCAAAUGGAGCCGACGGUCCGGGACCUGCUGCGGGGGCGGGAGCUGGUCCUGCCCUUCCACGGCAUCGGACACUUCCGGAACGAGGUGGCCUUCGUCCGGCUGGCCGAGGGCGCGCACGUCGCCACGCUGACGGAGAUCGCAGAAGCGGCGAGGAAGGUGUUCGAGGAGAGGGGAGUCUCGUCCGGGGACGCCAAAGACUUCAAGCCGCACCUUACCUUCAUGAAGCUCUCCAGAGCCCCGAAGCUCCGCAGCCAGGGCAUAAAGAAGAUCGACCCUGAAGCCUACGGGAGCUUCCUUCAGCACAGCUUCGGAGAGGAGACCGUUUCGAGACUGGACCUCUGCUCGAUGUUGAAGAAAAAGACUCCAGAUGGAUACUACCAUUGUGAGACCUCCUUAGCACUUGGGGCGAAGCGGGACUUUAGGAAAGCGUUGCGAACGCAAACGCGGGGCCUCUCGAGGAGGCUCGAGGGGAUAAGGGCGCUUUUGUCUCAGCCGGCGGUCCGGGACGGAAUCCGCCGGGAGCUCGCCGCGGCCGAGGAGCGUCCUGCCGCGCCCGACACUGACCACCAGGGCGGCGACGUCGACACUCCAACCAGGAGGGAGGUAGAAGCACAGACCUCACCGUCGCCCAAUGAAACGGAGCAUUCAGUGGACACAGGAACUUCUUAAAAGAUCAUCUGAAUCCACCAUUUUUUUUUUGUUUGUUUUUUUUAAAAGACAUUACAUUUUAUAUGCAGUGGGGAGGGGAAGAAGACACUCAUUGGUUGGCUAAACAAAAAAAAAGUACACUAUUUUUCCAUGCUUGUAGUAAGAUCCUCAAAUUACCACUUCCAAGGUGGCCUUAUGAAAUGAGUAUGAUUACCGAUCUUGUGUUAUAACCUUGCACUUGAAAACAUGAUUCGAAACAUUUAUUUACUACUUUGCAGAAGUUCACCGGAACCUUAAACUAUGCUUUGUCUCACUGUGUCAUUUGAUACUGCGAUGUGUGGUCGCUGUGGUUCAUUUUCUUUUUUUGAUUCACGAGAGGUUUUUACUUACGUUAAACCAGGUGUAGUUGGUGCAGAUUGUGUGUUUGUGUAUUGUAAUGAUCUGCAUUGAACGGUGGUGGGGGGGGGAGGGGGGGAGAAUAAAAUCAGGAGGAUAUGAUUGAACUAAUAAUGUAAUGCAACGCUUGAUGUUUCAUUUAUUGUCUUACAAAUUGACGCCCUUCGAGAUUUCUGUUGAUGAAAAAAAUAAUAAGAAGUAAGUUGUGGCCACCCUUUGUGUAGAAGCACUGAGAUACAGAGAACGGGGUAGCAAGGGAGCAGGAAUAAGUCAGAACACCGCUUUCAGUGCGUUUCCAUGGGGCUUUCAGUCUGAAGAAAGCCGUCUGGGGUGCGCCUGCAAAGUCGUUUUUUUUUUUUUCUUUCAUUUUGUCAAAAGAUCUUCACAGAGGCGAGCAGAGAAACACGACUGCAGUGCAUUAAAAUUUCUUUAUCUUUUU